AGACGCACCGCGCGGUGUUACAGUUGUAGUAGGACGUCGGCACAGCACGGGGAUUUCCUCGCUUGCUUGUUUUGUAGGAGGGGAGUUGUUUGCCAAUUUGACAGCAGUGUGAAGCUGGAGACGGGAGUCGUGGAAUGUCAGAACUGUGUUAUGGGGUUGAACUUACAAUAAAUAGUUGCAUGAAUUGUAUUUAAUAUUCUUUAUAUCAUUGCGCUUCUCGGGGGCUUGUCAACUCAUGCGCUUCUUGGUGUCCAAACCUGCUGCUUCAUCACCUCGCUGUGAGAAGGAGAAAGAGCAGGCACAGGCAGCGCUGUAGCGAAAGCAGGUAACAAGAACAGAUGAAGGCCCUUAUAACAUCCGGAUUCGGCUGGUAGCAGUGUGUGGACGGAGACUGGGAGUGGUGAUCAUCUCUGAGAUUUAUUGCUUCUCGCGUUGAGGCAGCAGUUAUAAAAUAAGAUCGGAUGCCACUGAGGUGAACCAAAACAGUCCGUUGUGCAGGUGGACCCGGCUCUCGUGGCAUGACUACCACAAACAAAGGAAACAAGGCCUUGAAGGUGAAGCGGGAGCCUGGAGAGAAUGGCACCAGCUUGACAGAUGACGAGCUGGUGACCAUGUCGGUACGGGAGUUAAACCAGCAUCUCCGUGGCCUUACCAAAGAGGAAAUUCUUCAGUUAAAGCAGCGGAGACGUACUUUAAAGAACCGGGGCUAUGCCGCCAGCUGCCGUGUGAAGCGCGUCACCCAAAAAGAGGAACUGGAGAAGCAGAAGGCUCAGCUGCAGCAGGAGGUUGACAAGCUGGCUACAGAAAAUGCCAGUAUGAAGGUGGAGUUGGACGCGCUGCGCUCUAAGUAUGAGGCCCUCCAGAGCUUUGCCAGGACUGUGGCCCGCAACCCUGUCACCACCCGGGCUCCGAUGGCCUCCGUCAUUGGGCCGCUCAUCCCUGGUAAAGUAGCCGCCACCAGCGUCAUCACCAUUGUCAAGUCCAAAACUGAAGCCAGAUCGUAGUAGCAGAAUGGGUCAGAGGGAGAGUCAUGUGAUAUUAACAUGGCAUUGGGUUAGCUAUGGGAGUUCAUAAUUUGUUAAUUGACACUAAAACUACUGUAUGCUAUCUUUAUGAAUCAAAAAAUAAGAUUUUUGGUUGU